AUGUCAACUCCAAUUGUGGACUCCCAUGUCCAUCUCUUCCCAGCCUCACACCUCCCAACUCUAGCCUGGUACGGCCCAAACAGCCCCCUUGGCACCCAGCACAGCGUCAACGAAUACCGACACGCCGCGUUAUCCGUCCCAACUUCCGCAAACACCCCGGGAAAAUAUCUCCGCGGGUUCAUCUUCCUCGAAACCGAUCGCAUAUCCUCAGUAGAUGACCGGUCCGGCCCAGGAUGGAAACAUGCUCUAGACGAGGUAUCCCUGCUCACGCGUAUCGCGCUCGGCGAGCCAGAACCCGGAGAAGGGCAUAGCGCCGUCGAUAAGGAUCUUUGUCUUGGGAUUGUACCUUGGGCACCUGUUCCUGGUGGCCCAGAUGUUCUACAGAAGUACAUGGCCAAGGUUAAAGAGCGGACAAAGACGGAUAAUAUCUGGCGGAAGGUGUGUGGGGUUAGGUAUCUGGUUCAGGAUAAGCCGGCAGGAGUUAUGUUGAGCACUGAAUUUGUGGAUGCUUUGCGCUGGUUGGGACGGGAGGGACUUGCGUUUGAUCUUGGAAUUGAUGCAAGACAGGGUGGAUUGCAUCAGUUGCGAGAGGCUGUUGAAAUGAUGGAUAAGGUGUAUGCUGGGACAGAAGGCAAUGGACUGAACAUUGUUAUCAAUCACCUUUGCAAACCUAAUCUUCGGAUCUUGCCUGACUCGGUUUCUACUCAUGAGGAGUAUUUGGAGUGGAAGAAUUUGAUUACAAAGAUGGCUUCUGCGAGUGAAAGCACGUAUAUGAAGCUCUCUGGAGCAUUCGCGGAGCUUCCGCCAUUAAGUAGAAAGGUUGAGCCCGAUAUUUCUGAUCUGGUGAGCCGACUACAGCCCUGGACAGACGUGGUAUUUGAUGCAUUUGGAUGCGAGCGUGUGAUGUUCGGCUCGGACUGGCCGGUGUGUAAUGUUGGCGGCGGUGGAAAUGACGUCUCGUGGAAUAGAUGGCGCAGAGUUAUCGAAGAGAUUUUGGAACGAAGAGAGCUUACGGAGGAGCAAAAGCAAGGGGUGUGGGGACAAGUAGCAGUGAAGGCGUACGGUGUUGAGCUUUGA